AUGGAUAACGUAAUAAUAUCAAAUAGUAGCAAUGUACACUUUGAUAAAUCAGAGACAAUUGGAAAUAUGAAACUAAACGAUGAUGAUAAUAAUAAAAUAGCAAUCGAUGAAAUUAAUAAGGCCUCCUUAUAUUAUAAAAAUGUAAAUACAAAUACAAAAAUCCAAGAAAAUACGGAAAACAAAAAAAGUAGUAAUAAUAAUAAAGAACAAAAUAUUUUAAAUACAAAUUUUAAUAACGAUAAUCCAAAAGACGUUGAGAAUAAUGACGGCGAAAUAAAUCUGAACAAGGAUAAUAAUGAUGUGAAAAACAAAGUACCAUUAAAUAAAAAAAAAUCGAAUUAUAGCGAAGAAAAAAAAAAACAAACAAGUUUACUAAAUAAUAACAAAAAUAAUAGUAAGCUAGUAAAAUUAAAAUCAGAUAAUGAUAAUAUUGAUUUAAAAAAAGGUGAAUUUAUUAAAUAUAAAACUAGCAUUAAGGCGAAUUGUGCAAAUAAUGUUAAAAGCAAAAUCAAUAGUGACAACAUUGGAAAUAAUUAUUGUAAUACAGACGAUAUUACUGAUAAAAAAAAACUGCAUUUAAAUGGGCAGGCUAGUACACACAAUAAAAAAGGGAAUAAAGAUUUAUCUUCUUCAAUUAGUAAACAUGAUGAUGUUGAAAUAAAUAAAGAAGAUAUUUUAUUCCAGUACGAAAAAUGUUUAAGUAGGAAACGAAAAGAAAAAAAAAAAUUAAAAAUGAAAUCAAAACUAUUUAGAAAAAGUGUUAAAUAUUCAAAAUAUUCUGGAGGUGAUAUGCUAAGCGUAGUUAAUCAAAUGAGGCUAAAUUUGAGGUUCUACCACCGAGAAAUGGAUGACUUUUUAAGUGUCAUAUGGAAUCUUCAAAAUAUGGUUUUGAUAGAGCGGGAAAAAUAUAGAGAACUAAAAGAUAUGCUAAAAUAUACAACAGAAGAAAUAGAGAAGGAGAAUAACAAAUUAUAUGACGAAUUAAAUAUAUACAAACAAAAAUAUAGCAACUUAAAGAGUGUUAUAUCAAAUAUUGGUUAUGGGAUGUUUUUAAAUAUUGAAAAACCAGAAGUAAAUAACUAUAAGCAUUCUAUUAGAGGUAACAAUUCAUUUAUACAGUCUGAAAAAUUAUAUACCGAUGAUAUCCAUGAAGAAAAUGAUGAAUGCGAUUAUGUUAUGAUUAAUGAGCCAAUGAGUAAAGCGAGUGAUUGUUAUAGUAAUUACCAUAGCACAAGAGGCGAACGAAAUCGUAAAAAUUCAUCCUUAUUAAAAUAUCUUGACUUUUAA